AAAAAAAAAGGACUGACACCUACCUCCACGCAGCCACGCAGCAGGAGCACCGCUGGGCUGCGUGAUAGCACAUCCUUACCUCCAACGGAGUGCCAUGGGAGUGAACGGGUUGUCGCCAUACCUGAAGGAGGUAGCUUCUAAGCGGGUACCUCUCGACGACGAAGAUGGCACGAGACAGAAGCACCUGGUCGUCGACGGUCAUUUUGCGUUGCACAAAGCUGCUGGUAUCGGGGGUGUGGCAGUUCCUCUUGUGCUGGACGACAACGUCGUCCCCCUCGCGAUGUCGAUGGCCACAAGCCUGAACAAGCUUGCUUCGGCAGGGUGGGGGAUCACCGUGGUUUUCGACGGGGCUCCUCCACCCGGGAAAGGGGCAACCACGCGAUCGAGGUCUAGCGAGAGAGAGCGGACACGGCAGCAGUGCUUGCGUCUACGGGAGUCCAACGUGCCGCUUCAGCAUCCAGGUCUUCAGAAAGCAGCUGUGAACGCGGUAGCGUUUACGAGUCACAUCGUCGCCAGGGUCUCACGUUUUGUCUCUCGUUCGUUACGAUGCGAGUGCAUAACCGCGCCCUAUGAGGCCGACCCGCAGCUGCGUGUCUUGGAGGAGAUGUAUACAUGCAUGGGGAAACGUGUCCUGGUACGUGGAAAUGACAGCGACCUCAUGGUCAUCGGCGUUCGUUCCCUGCUCUGGGAGGUCGUGUCGGAAGAAGGGCGACUGUUCGGUAACAUCUUUACGCAUGAGGGUAUCACGCGCCCGCAGAUGCAUGCCCUCCGUGCUGGCACGACGCAUGGGCAUGAGUCCCUAAGGUUGUUGCACGGUGUCGACCAAGGCGGGUCGGGAGAUGCAGUGUGGUGGUCGAGUUGAGGUGAUGGCCCGCCUGCAGCUGUGGGCAUCUGUCUCAGGCAACGACUACAGCAAGUUUCCCGGGAUUGGAAAGGCAAAAGCCACGGAUUUCUGCCUGCGAAAGAAGUGUGGGCAGUUCCCCACGCUUGCGGAUGUGACGGAAGAUCUGGUUGGGUCAACGACCUGGACCGAAG